CACGUGCCGCGGGCGCCAUGCUGUCGCGGCUGCUGAAGGAGCACCAGGCGCGGCAGGGCGAGCGGCGCGAGCUGCAGGAGCGGCGGCGCAGAGAUGCCAUCGCCGCGGCCACCCGCCUGACCGAGGCCCUGGUCGACCACCUCAACGUGGGUGUGGCCCAGGCCUACGUCAACCAGCGCAAGUUGGACCACGAAGUGAAGACGCUGCAGGUGCAGGCAGCCCAGUUUGCCAAGCAGACGGGGCAGUGGAUCACCAUGGUGGAGAACUUCAACCAGGCCCUCAAGGAGAUCGGUGACGUGGAGAACUGGGCGCGCAGCAUUGAACUGGACAUGCGAACCAUCGCCACGGCGCUCGAGUACGUCUACAAGGGGCAGCUGCAGCCCUCCUGCUCUUGAGCUGCUGCUGCCGGGGCCUGGGCUGCCAUGACAGAGCCUGGGCCACGAUGGCAGAGCCCCGGCUGCCCCGGGAGUCCCUUGGUGCCGCAAUAAAGAGAGGCCGGCACCAGGCGCGUGCCGGGCCCUGGCACAGCCCUUGACUGCCCCCUCCUAAGCCCCCUCAUCCUCUUUACUGCUUAA